UGCAUUGACACCGGCAGGCGAGCGGUCGGCGCCAUGGCGCCAUGGCUUGAUGGCUGCCAUCUUGAUUCUUCAUUCUUGAAUUUUGUUGAAUGUUGAAACGAGCGUCGAGCAGUAAAUUAAAAAAAUAUUUGGGUCUGACCUUUGGUUGUUCCUGUGCCUAGUAAUUUUCAAAAAGUAUUCAGAAAUUGACAUUUCAUUUUGUGAAACCCUAUUGAGCUGCGUUAAUAAUGAAUUAGUGGCGACGAGGAUAAGUUUAAAACGAGGAGUGCGUCUGUGUCGGGUUAUCCUCCAUCAUGUCGAUCGGAAAAGUGAAGGAAUUCGAUAUAAAAAGCGGGGUGUGGUCGUCAUACGUCGAGCGGCUUGAGAUGUAUUUUACAGUUAAUAAUGUUAAGAGUGACCUCAAGCUACCUACGUUGAUAGCGAUGAUGGGAGAUGAGGCUUACGAGCUUCUAGUCAACCUGUCCAGCCCAAAGAAACCGGCAGAGUUGAAAUAUGAGGACGCAAUCGAGUUAUUACGUCGGCAUUUACAACCGGCUCCUUCAGUUUUGGCAGAGAGAUUCAGAUUUAGACAGAGAAGACAGGCGGCGGACGAGAAUAUAGCCAGCUAUGUCGCCGAGUUGAAGAAGUUGACGCGCCAUUGUAAGCUGGGGGAUAAUUUGAACGAGAACCUGCGAGACCAGUUCGUGUGCGGAUUGAGAAGCGAUCUCAUCCGACAAAGGUUGUUCGCGGAGGAGGAAACGAUUAGUUUCGCCAACGCGGUGAAACUCGCCAACUCGUUAGAGGCCGCGGAACGGGACGCAGCGGCAGUGGACACGGCGGGAGCGGCGGAGGCCGCCGGGGCAGCGCGCGGCGCGGACGGCGCCGCGGCCGCGGCCCUCCAUACGAUGGCCGGGACGGAGAACGGGCGGUGGCGGCGGUCAGCCGCGCGCGCCCGAAGUGUGCAGGACCAGAGUGCGGCGCGGAACGUCGCGGGAGCGCGAACCAGGAGCAGUGUGAAGGGGACAGGGUACCGUUGUAAGGGUUGCACGUCCACGCUCCACAGCUAUGAAGCCUGUAGAUUCCGGGAUUACGUGUGCUCCCGGUGUCAAUCCCGGGGCCAUAUUCGGCGCGCCUGCGUUCAGGAGGCCGGCGCUGGCUCGGGAAGGUUCAAUGCGGUGCACUACGGGGACGCGGAAGGAAUAGCCAGUGAGGAGGAAGUGGAAAGUGAUUUCCACCAUCUCUGUUUGAACGAUUACAAGGCGGUGAGUUUGCCAGUGCUUAUAGAUAAUGUUGAGGUCAAGAUGGAGGUAGAUACGGGAACUGCGGUUUCGUGUAUUAAUAAUCAUACAUAUGAGAAACAUUUUAGUAAAAUAAGGUUAGAACCCACGAGUGUAAGACUUAAUUUUUAUGAUGGCUCAGUGCUUAAACCGGUAGGGGUUAUCAAGCCGGUCGUGAGUUACGGUAAAAUAAAGAAGAACUUAGAAUUAUUUGUUAUCGAAGGCGGGACUACAUCUCUCUUAGGUAGGCAAUGGUUAACAGAGUUAAAAAUUAAGAUCCCCUUAUUUAGUAAUUGUCAUAAAAUUAGCGAAACCAGGGGAUUAGGUUGCUUGGAUAAUGAAUUAAGGAAUUUGGUUGACAGGUAUAAAGAACUGUUUAGCGGCGGUCUGGGUCGGUACUCCGGAGGCAAGGCAACCCUAAGAGUGCGCGAGGGGGCGACUCCCGUCUUCCACCGUGCUCGGGCCCUGCCGUACGCCCUGCGCGAUCGCGUCGAUGCCGAGCUCGACGCGAUGCUGCGGGAUGGAGUCAUCGAGCCUGUAGACUGUUCGGACUGGGCUUCGCCUCUUGUACCGGUAAAUAAAGCUGACGGUUCUUUGAGGAUUUGUGCGGACUACAAGGCUACAGUGAAUCCCGUUUUGUUAGUUGAUCGUUAUCCUUUGCCUAGGAUCGAUGAUUUAAUCGUUCGCUUAAGCGGCUCGAAUUACUUUUCGAAGAUAGACCUGUCGCAAGCGUAUAAUCAGAUUGAACUGGAUGAUUCCAAAAAUAUUACCGUAAUAAAUACUCAUAGGGGUUUAUACCGGUAUAAUAGAUUAGUUUAUGGACUAGCGUCGAGUGCGGGAAUUUUUCAACGUAUAAUGUCUAACUUAUUACAGGAUAUACCUAAUGUUGAAGUGUUCUUGGAUGACGUAGUAAUUGGAGGAAAGAACAGGCAGGAACAUUUGCGGGCGGUCGAGUCGGUCUUUAGUAGGUUACACCGUUACGGGUUAAAAUUAAAAAGUAAUAAGUGCGUUUUCCUGGUAGAUGAGAUAAAAUAUUUAGGCUAUGUAUUAAAUAAGGAGGGCAUAAAAACGGACCCAGAUAAAAUUGAAGCCAUAACAAAGAUACCUAGGCCCAGCAAUGUAACUGAACUACGUUCAUUUUUAGGUUUGGUAAAUUUUUACGCGAAAUUCGUUAGGAAUAUGAGUGCGAGACUAGUACCUUUAUAUGAGUUGUUGAAAAGAGAUACGAAAUGGGUUUGGUCAAAGGAAUGCGAGCGGGCGUUCAAAGAAGUUAAGACCUUAUUAACUAGUGCAGAGGUGUUAUCGCAUUAUGAUCCCGCGCGGCCACUUAUCGUAACAUGCGACGCGAGCGCGAAGGGCAUAGGUGCAGUUCUCUCUCAACCGAGUCGGAAUGGGGACUGUGAGCGACCGGUGGCCUACGCAUCGCGGACACUAAAUGAUGCAGAAAAAAAUUAUUCCCAAAUACAUCGCGAAGCGCUUGCAAUUAUAUUUUCCGUUCAUAAGUUUCAUCAAUAUUUAUAUGGUCGGCAUUUUACCUUGCGUACCGACCACAAGCCUUUAGUGUCGAUCUUUGGCCCGCACACGGGGAUACCGACGAUGGUGGCUAGCCGUAUGCAGCGCUGGGCUAUUAUUUUGUCCGCGUACACAUUCGAUAUCGAGUACGUGCGUACCGAUAAGAACGGGGCAGACGGUUUGUCGAGGUUACCGAUGACAGGUAAACAACUCGCGGCUCGGCAGGUACCGGAGCAGACCUACUUACACUUUAUCCAGGAAGCUUUGCUGUUAGAUUACAAUGAGAUAAAAAAACAUACGACUAGGGACCCAGAUUUAUCGAAAAUACUUAGUUACUUACGGGACGGUUGGCCCACGGAGAAUAGUAUUACUAAUUUGCAACCUUAUUUUAAUCGCAAAAAUGAGUUAUAUGAAGAGCUGGGAUGCGUGAUGUGGGGUCAUAGGUUAGUGGUUCCGGAGACAUGUAGGGAUAGAGUGUUGAAAAUGAUUCAUGAGCCUCACAUGGGAAUAGUGAAAUCUAAGUCUUUAGCACGCAGUUACGUUUGGUGGCCUUCGUUAGACGAGUCUAUACAACGUGUAUGCCAAGGAUGCGAGGUAUGCGCGGCGCAGGCGGAUGCGCCGCCGAAGCAAGCCGUACGUAUGUGGCCGUGGCCUAACAGACCUUGGUCACGGAUCCACCUGGAUUUCAUGGGCCCUAUUUUUGGAAAAACGUAUUUAGUGAUCGUAGAUGCAACGUCUAAAUGGAUAGAAGUAUUCCAGGUGCCGAAUACGGCGUCUACGGUAGUUAUUGACAGACUUACGGAGUUAUUCAGUAGAUUCGGGUUAGCUAAACAGAUAAUAACGGACAAUGCGAGCUAUUUCGCCAGCACGGAGUUUAGGAACUUUACACAAAGUAACGGGAUCGAGCAUAUUUUUACGGCUCCGUACCACCCCGCCUCGAACGGUUUAGCGGAAAACGCAGUGAGAACACUAAAACGCGUGAUUAAGAAAGCGGUGUCGGAGAGACAGAACGUAGACAGGGCUCUCUGGACCUUUUUGAUGCAUUAUAGGAAUACGGAACAUUCGACCACCGGGGAGUGCCCCGCCAUGUUGCUGUUAGGUAGGCGGCUUCGGACCAAACUAGACGCUUUAAAACCGGAUAGGGAGAGGAAAGUAGCUAAGGUACAGCAACAUCAAAGAGAAAUGGCGAAAGGAGUAGAAAGGGAGGUAAAACCAGAGGAUGAAGUGUGGUAUAGGCAGUAUCUUAAGAGAGAAAAGUGGGUCCCGGGUCAGGUCGUGGAAUGUACCGGUCCAAGCAAUUAUAAAGUCAGAAGUCAGGAUGGAGACUUAGUUCAUAGGCACAUCGAUCAGCUUAAGAAACGGUCCACCAGGUUUUCUCUCGCUUGUCCUACUACAAGCUUAAAUCAGGAGUCUAGCACAGAUCCUCAAUCGCCGGCGGCUUUAUCGGAGCAGGUCCAGCCGGAGCGGUCCACACGAGGUGACAUUGAAGCGCCAGUUACACCGGGUAGCUCGACAGGGUCAGAUAAGGCCCAUACGAAUACUCCGGCUUCACCGGAGUUCCAAGAUGCCGUGGAGAGUAACGAGUCUCCGGCUCAGACCCGCCGCCGCAGUACCUCACCGGCUCGCGCAAUAACGCCGGAGCCGCGUCCACUGAGACAAUGUAGAAUAAGGAAACCUUUUAAUAAACUUUGAUUUGCUUUUAUUUUGUAUUUAGAAUAGACUUUAGUAUUUUUAUAGUUUAGUAUGUAAGAUUUUAAGUAUUUAUUAAGUGUGGGGGUGUAAUGUGGGUACAUAGAAAACUGGAAUACCCGCGUCAAUCAUGUAAUCGCCACGAAGUAAAAUGGAUUACGGAAAUAUAGUUUGUGCCUAAUUUAUUUCCCUUCGCCCUCGAA